CCGAACGGUUUGGUCUUUUUUUCAAAAAUUGACGUUUUAUUGUGCUUCAGUCUUACUAGUAGUAUAUUACUGUCGCUGAUGCCGGUUUCAUUUUCUGGCGUAUUGGCACGAUAGCGGGAGCAAAUGGAGUGAGCCUUGAAGGUCAGCGUCGCAGCUAUUGCUUGUACAAUACAAAUACGCUGCGCAAUACGGAACUACACGCGCGGCGGGUUGCAAACGACUUUGCUCAAGGAAAUUAAAGUCGACUAGGAUCCAGCAGCUAUCUACAGAUUCAAGCGGUCGAAGCUCCGGAGCAGAUAUCUUGAUAUCACUUAUUGGCCUUGGCAGGCAAGGCUUGAGUUGAUAUCAUGGCUUCAGUAACUUCACAGAACGCAUCCCCGCACUCUGCCUCAGUCUACGACUUCGAUUCUACUGGCGACACCGACGAAUCAUGGCAAUACAUUGAUUAUUCGAGCGGCGCAUCCGCUUCGGGCUCAAUAGGAUUCCUUCCUAGCCCAGCAAGCGGCAGUUUAAACGGCUUCGCCAUUGUCGGCCAUGUUUCUACACCACCUCAGGCCGGGCUUUCGCCUGGUUCUGUCGUGGAUAUGGACCCUACGGUCUUCCUCCCGGCCAGCACCACAUAUCAGCCGGAUGCUGAGUUUAUAACUUCUGACCUUUUCCCGAGCACUCUUGAGGGAUCUACGGGCAGUGUGAACGCGGCGUUUCCACAGAACGAUGCAUUUUUGACGCCGCAGCAGUAUCUGUUUAUGCCGUCUGGUUCGUCGGAUUUUCAGCCGCAAGAUCUUAACGAUCUAACAACACCUUUUCUGAACGAUUUCCAAGCCGACCCAUUCUCAAUAAUCAACCAGACAAGUCCGGUACAGCAGUCGCUGCCUCAGCGAAAUGCGCUUCAAUCACUACCCUCUGAUCCCAGCCUCUCUUCAUGGCACCAGUCAAGUCCCAGUAUUGCCGCUUCCGAAAGCAAGUUUGUGUUUGAGGACAUGAUCUCUUCGCCGAGCCAACUAAGCAUCGCCUCUUCCUCGAGCCCGAAAUCGCCUGCUAUCAAAUCCGAGGGGAGCAGCAAAUCCGGAAAGACGAUGCGCAAAGUGAUUAGCGGCAAAGUCGAGAAGAACAAGAGCGAAUCCUCCAGCAAGUUUGUCAUUAUGACGCCGACAACAAUUCAUGCCCGUGCUGGCAAGCCGAAUCCCUUUGAAUGCUUCGAGGCUAUGAGGACGACGCAAAAGGGCCGGAAAGGCCCCCUUGCGAAUGAGACAAAAGAGAGCGCCCUGCAGGUUCGGAGAGUGGGCGCAUGCUUUUGUUGCCAUAGCCGCAAAGUCAAGUGUGAUAAAGAGAGGCCGUGUAAGCACUGCAAGAAGCUCAUGCUUUCAGUUCCACAAGUGGUAUGCUGGCAGUUCCAGGAUUUCCUGCCGGUAUUAUUUCCCGAUUUCAUCCGUGGGCACUUCAAGAAGGAUGCUAUGGCUAGUUUUAUCACUGAGAAUGUCGACGGCUUCACGGUGGAUGGAUCCGAACGGCUUUGUAGUGUUGAGCUCUCUUCAGGCCCACGAUUUACGACUACAUUGACACUUCAAGCCAAAUUCUUCACGGCCAAGACAUGCGAUGUUUUACAGCACUGGCAUCUAAGUAAUGAGAAGAAUCAGGUUGAUCUCCAGUCCCAGGGAUCGGCUCCCAUUGGUAUCGAAUUUAACAAAGGCCCUCAGAAAGACGAAAUGAAAAAGUUGACCAAGGGAUACAUUCAAGCUCUAGUGAAUGAGCCGUUGCUUGCAGAUCAGUUGACGGACUCAUUCAGAUCUACCAGGCUUCCUAACAAGAUUCUAGCAAUUGUACAAAACUUUGCAAAACAGUCAGAUUCCACGAUGGUCAAGCGAGCUCUUUCGAUCUAUACCAUGCAUUAUGUCAUGACACGGCAUCUCUGCCUAACCCGCCAGUCCAUCAUCUCUCUACAGCCAACGGGCCUUGUACCUCAGAACACCCCAUGGGUCACUCCCCGAGUACUUGCCCGGCAAAUCAAGUCCCUUGUUGACGAGCUCAUUUUACGCGAUAUGCAGUCCCUCUUUGAGCUCUUCUCAAAGUCACUCAAACCCAAGCUCCGACGAGAAUGGGCACCGUGCCUUGCGUCCUUCCUGGUUCUUUGCCUCUUCAUGGAAGCUGUUGAGACGGCUGCGGAUAACUUUGUCGUAUCACAGAAUGAGAUUGAUCAGAGGAAUAAGUAUUCUCCCAAAUACAAGAGAUCACUUGCACAAGAUACCUGCAAGGAGCUGGAGAACAUGCCGUUCAAGCAGUUUGCAUAUCAAUUCCACCACCUCUACCAGACUCAUACAAAGGAUGCAAAUACAAGGAGCUUCAACCCCUUAUUCGACGACGCCUUCCUUGAACAGGGUGAACUUGACCCUGCGGCGGUGGAAAUGGUGCAGAACCUGAGAGAGCUUUUCCAUGGGGAAGACUGGCAAGACAUGCAGUUUCUCGCUGAUGAUGAGCUCUUGCUCCACCGAGAGGAGCAUCCAUAUCCUAUGGAUACAUCGUUCCUUUACACUGGGCGCCUGGUGGCCAAGUUUUUGCUAUCAUUUACUAACGAAAGCGUAAUCUUUGCAAGCAAGAUAUGACCUGAUUUCUAUUGCUUUUUCAUAAAUAUCCGUUUUUAUAGGUAGAUAAUGGGCAUUUGAUGACAUAGUACAAGCGGCAGCAGGGUAUUUGAUAUUUGGGUUAUACGGAGUUAUAUCAGAUCUUGUAUGAAUACACAUAUUAUAUCCGUACAUGUACGGUAGAUACUUUGAUACAGCAGGCAAUUUCAAAGUAUGCAGUCACGGCAAGCUCACAAAGGCU